AGUCCUCUUAGAAAGCAAUGCACAUGUCUUCCUCUCUUAGUUUCCCCUCCCCUCAAAAUCCACAUACUCCAGAGUAAAAGGGGGAAGCAAAGAAGAUAGGCAUGGGAUAUGGACUCUUCUGUAAAACCCUAUUAAUUUCAUUCUCAGCAGCUUUAAUCACUUACAACAUAAUCAUUUCCUCAAAUGCUCCGUUUCCAUCUUCCACUUCUUUCGAUAGUUCAGUUGACCCAGUAAUCAAACUUCCUAGUGAUCGCAAAUUUAAGUUGGGUUCUGCUCAAAAAAGACUUUUUCACACUGCUGUCACUGCUUCAGAUAAUGUGUAUAGUACUUGGCAAUGCAGAGUUAUGUAUUAUUGGUUCAAGAAGUAUCAAAAUCAACCCAAUUCUGAGAUGGGUGGGUUUACCCGGAUUUUGCAUUCGGGCGUACCAGAUAAACAUAUGGAUGAGAUCCCUACUUUCGUUGUUCAACCUCUUCCUGCUGGCAAAGAUCAGGGUUACAUAGUUCUCAACAGACCUUGGGCGUUUGAGCAAUGGCUUCAACAAGCGGACAUUAAAGAAGAUUACAUACUAAUGGCGGAGCCCGAUCACAUCAUUGUGAAGCCUAUACCUAAUUUAUCCCGUGAUGGACACGGAGCUGCUUUUCCAUUCUUUUAUAUUGAACCUAAGAAGUAUGAAUCCGUUCUUCGAAAGUUUUUCCCGGAGAGUAAGGGACCAAUAACAGAAAUUGACCCCAUUGGUAAUUCUCCUGUCAUUGUUGCAAAGGAGUCCCUUCGGAAGAUUGCUCCCACAUGGAAGAAUGUUUCAUUGGAAAUGAAGCAGGAUCCUGAAACUGACAAGGCUUUUGGUUGGGUUCUUGAGAUGUAUGCCUAUGCUGUGGCGUCUGCGCUGCACGGUGUGAAAAACAUCUUGUAUAAGGAUUUCAUGAUUCAGCCUCCAUGGGACACGGAAGUGGGUGCAAAGUAUAUCAUUCAUUACACUUAUGGAUGUGACUAUGAUAUGAAGGGUAAACUAACAUAUGGAAAGAUUGGAGAAUGGCGAUUUGACAAGAGAUCCUAUACCAAAAUUCCUCCUCCAAAAAACUUGACUCUGCCACCACCUGGUGUUCCUGAAAGUGUGGUGACGCUUGUAAAAAUGGUGAAUGAGGCAACAGCAACAAUACCUCACUGGGACUCAUAACGAGGCUUUGUGGAGUCCGAUGCUCAGCAAGGAGGAAUCAUUUGAUGCGAUGCUACUCGACAUACAUUCCAGAAUUACACAAUCAGACAUCCUUGAUGCUAUAGAAUUGUUAGUCUUGUAGUUGUUUUCAAUCGUUUCGAUCCCCAACCCGUUCAUUUAUGUUGUUUUAGCUACACAAUUUCGAAUCACACGUGAUAAUCCAUAGAUUUGUAAAAAAAAAAAAAAAAAACUGGACAUCCUCCGAAAGUUUGUCUAAAUAGUGUUUGUAUACCAAAAAAAAGAUAUUCGUGCA